AUGUAAUCAUUAUCUGUGAAAAAUACAAAAUAUCAAAUACAAUAUAGAGAAUGGAGUUACUCAUGUCAUCAGAAAAGACUAAGCGAAAUAACUAAUAGGAAAGGUAGCAAUGACUCGAGUUACAUCAAUAUAAUUGAAUCUAGUAGAAGGAAUAAAUUUUUUAACUCAAGAAGGAAAGAAAUUAAAAAACAAGAAGAAAUUCUCACUUAAAAUAAAAAGUUACUUAAUAAAAUAGUGAAUAUCAAGUCUAGUUUCUAUCGUUCGUCAUCUAGGCAAUCUAUCAGUAGCAAUGGUUCUAAAUUAUCAGCCAGGUCAAUUGAAUAAAAACAAAAGAAUAUUUAACGUAUCAAGGACAAUCAAGUUAAUAGGCAAAAGAUAUCUUAAAUGUUCAACUUUCAAGUCUAUACCAACGGAGAGGACCAGCAGAGAUUCACUUCGGAGACCCGUAUAUCAGAUAGAGGAUGUCUAUAAAAAAUAGAAAUGCCUUCAAGUCUCAAAGAUAAGUCAAGUACGAUUACUAUCCUUUCCCUCUGUGAGAGGCAGUAAUAAGUCCAAGAUAUCGAAUUCAGAUAACAAGGCCAUUGCCUAUACGUUACCCGCAAUCAAAAAACCUAACUAAUAAAUCGUAGCAAGGAUGUUAAAAGAUAAAUUGAAUAAUAACUGAUUACUUAUAUUAAUGAAUAAAUAUUUAAGAAAAACACUCAGAUUGAGCAAGAAAAUAAUUCUUCUACUAAAACCCAAUCAAUUCAUGAUAUUUCAAUCUCAAGUAAGCUCAAGGAAUGCAAAUAAAAGGGUUAAAAGAGAUUGUAGAUAAAUAUGGAAUCACAAAUAAAUAAAAAUUCUGAGACUCUAAUUUUCUAAUUCUAUCAUGGAAGAGCACGAAUUUGA